AUGGCUGAAGCUCUCCAGCAGCUCAUUCUCGAUACCCUCGAUGCCCAGUCCUCUAUAAAGGACUCCAGGACUCUUGUUCUGUCCGGCCAGAAGGAGCCUGCAACGUCCCAUGAGGCUCAAAUAACCAUUCUCGGUGCUCUGAAUUCACUGCUCAGUCGCGAGAUGAUCAAAUACGAAACACGCGAGGUCUUCACUCAUGUAUUGACACCAGAAGGUGCUUCGAUCGCAAAGGAGGGAUCGCACGAAGCUCGCGUCUGGUCUGCCCUCCCCGUGAAGGGCCAGGGAACCCCAGUGACACCCCAACAGCUGAAGAAAUUGGUUGGAGAUGAGACAGCAAAAGUUGGGCAAGGCCGUGCCUUCAAGAAUGGCUGGAUUGGUAAAGAGGGUGAUGGUUUUGUCAAGACGGCUAAUACCAUAAACGAUACAACACAACUAGACUUGCAAGAAAUAGAAUCUACGGGAACACUGAAGACCGGAGAGAAAGUCUUGGCGGAUCUGCGAAAGCGCAAGCUGAUCGUACAAAAGAAGGGUCAGUGGUUCACCGUGAACAAGGGUCCUGAAUUCAGCACUUCCACCGCGAAACCGGAAACAGAUCUGACUACAGACAUGCUAACAUCUGGUGCAUGGAAAACGGCAAAAUUCAAGAAAUACAAUUUCGAGGCAGAAGGAAUUCCGACAUCCGGAGGUGCUUUACACAUGCUACUCAAAGUCCGGGAGGAAAUCCGUAAUAUUUUCCUGGAGAUGGGUUUCACAGAAAUGCCAACCCAAUCAUAUGUAGAAUCCGGUUUCUGGUGCUUCGAUGCCUUGUUUGUCCCCCAGCAACAUCCCGCCCGAGAUUUACAGGACACCUUUUACAUCUCCGACCCCCCACAUUCACUACCUCCAGAACCUGAAUAUUACAAGCGAGUUUCCACCGUUCAUGAACAUGGCGCGUAUGGUUCAACUGGUUAUCGCGCUCCCUGGUCGCACGAAGAGUCAUCCAAACUUCUUCUACGAACACAUACGACGGCAUCAUCUGCCCACAUGCUAUACAAAUUGGCAGCCAAGUGCAGGGGAGAGAAGGUCGAUGGAGAAGAUGGAGAUUUCACUGGUACAAAAUCCACUGCUGACAGUGGUGACGGCUUCAAGCCAGCCAAACUUUUCAGCAUCGACCGGGUAUUCCGAAACGAGACCAUGGACGCAACCCAUUUGGCUGAAUUCCAUCAAGUCGAAGGAGUUGUCGCUGAUCGCAAUGUUACCCUGUCGGACCUGAUUGGAUUCAUGCGAGUCUUCUUCAAGAAGAUGGGCAUCGAAAAAGUCAGGUUUAAGCCAGCGUAUAAUCCUUAUACCGAGCCAUCACUUGAAAUUUUCGCAUUUCAUCCAAUGUUGAACAAAUGGGUUGAAGUCGGAAACAGUGGGAUGUUCCGACCAGAAAUGCUUGAACCCAUGGGCUUCCCGAAGGAUGUUCGGGUGCAUGGAUGGGGCCUUAGUCUUGAGCGACCCACAAUGAUUCGUUACGGUAUUAACAACAUCCGUACUCUUGUGGGACAUAAGGUGCCUAUUGAAAACGUAGAAAAUUCGCCGGCCGUUCGUUUCUAGACGUCAAAGUAGAUACUGAAGAAAAGGCGACGUGUACAUUCGUUUUUGUAGAGAACAUAUGAAUACGCAGGAGGAACAAGACAAACAGGCUGAUGGGGCACAAAGCAACAAGGUAAAGAGAAUGUGAGGUACUUUAAAAUGAGAAAACAGCUGCGUUUUUCCGGGUGCCGAACAUGUAUACGAGCGCCUGGCUCAUGAAUAGCCCAACAGUAAUACCGAUAGUGACUGCAAUCAUCGCUCCUCCGAUGUCGAUUCCAUUGCCAUUAGCAGUAAUACCUCCCGCUUGGGAAAGACCAGACUACAUAGGCCGGAGUCAAUGAAAUUAGAAGACUACGUAAAAAUU